AUGUCGACCACAGCCGCACGCAGAGGGUCCUUCCCUCGUCCCAAGGGCCGUUCGCAACAGGUGCAGGAUGACACGGAGGAGGUACGCACGCUUCGUGCCAAAUAUUCGGAACAGCUCGACAUGAUUCGCGAGCUCUUUCCCACCUGGACCGACGAAGACCUCCUCUUCGCUCUCCAGGACUCGUUGGGUGACGUCGAGAACGCCGUCGUUCGCAUCUCGGAAGGCCAGGUCGAACAGUUCUCGUCGGUCAAGUCAAAGAAGCAGGUCAAGAAGGAGUCCAGCUCGCACCACUCUGUUUCUGCCCCCUACAUCUCUUCAGCCGCUCCGUCCGCUGCGCCUCCCGCCGCUCGCGGCAACCACGUUGGUGCGCCUGCCUCCCGCGGUCGUGGCGGUGCUUCUGUCCGAGGUGCUCGAGGCGGUCGAGGUGGCUUCCGUGGGGUCGGUGGACGUGGUGGUGGCAUCGCUCCUCAGGCCAACGGCCACGACCUCAAGACACCCGAGACCCAAACUGUCGAGGCCACCACGGCCCAGGCAUUCGCUCCCAUCGCCACCCCGACGACGGGCACCAGCUGGGCCGCCGCUCUUGCCAGGUCCAACAAGGCUAAAUCCGCCGCUGCCGCUGCUGCUGUUCCUGACCCUGCACCCGCCAUCGCCCAAGAGAUCACCGAGCCUGUAGUCGCACCUUCGCAGCCGGCUGCUUCUGCUUCUGCUGCUCCGGCUGCGCCUGCAGCUGCCGUGCCCGUGUCUACAGAGCCAGCCACCACCUCCGACGCUCUUCCUUCGUCCACCGAAACUUCGGCACCGGCUGUCAAGGUGCCUGCGCCUGCCAAAGCUACACCAAAGUCGGGCGGUAUGAGCUGGGCUCAGAUCGCACGCAAGUCUGAGGCUUCCAAGCCCGUUGCUCCACCCAUCGCCGCUGCAGCUUCAUCUGAAGACGCUUCUGUUGCGCCCGUAUCCGACGCCGCCGCCCCCGUUGAUGCUGUCGCUGCUCCUUCCACCAGCGAGGUUCAGCCCGACUCCACCGAGCAGGCUGCCGUUGAGCCUUCUAUCAACGCUGCUCCUGCCACUGUUGACGCCACCAACGACAGCGCCGACGCUGCUCCACAUGCCGAGCACGAGGUUGCUGCGCCUAUCGAGGCUACCCCUGCCGCCGAUAGCACCUCUGCUGCCACCGCAACCGACGCCGGUGCCGCUUCCGCUACCGCUCCACCCGGUCUCUCUAAGGCGGCUGCUCCUCGCGCUCCAGCUCAGCGAUCGUCGCAGCGCGCUCGUCAGGAUGCACCCGUCGUCAUGGCCGGUGGCUCGUCGCAGCUCGACAAGCUUGGCGUUCAGUUCGGCUCUCUCAACUUCCUCGGCGGCGAUGCUGACGAGGCACCCGAGGCUACCACCGACGCCUCGGCUGCUAACCACGAUGAAGCUGAGGCUGCUGCCCCAGCUGCGCCUGUCGCUGCUGCCGUGUCGUCGCCCUCUGCCCAUCGCCAAGACACCCAGCUCGGCGGCCAGGCUCACACUGAUUCCUUCAGCCAGCAGCCUUCCGCCGCCGGCCAGUACAACGGCUUCAAGUCGGACUCGUUCGACAACUCGUACGGCUUCACAGGCCAGCAGCAGCAGCAGCAGCCGCAGCAGCAGGCAGCUCCUCAGCAACAGCCGCAGCAGGCCUCCCACGACCAGAUUCACGGCUACAACGGAUACAGCUCCAUCGGUCAGAACCAGGCCGCCUCCCAGCCUCAGUCCCAGGCUCAACCUCAGCAUGGCCUCCACGACUAUUCGUCCAUGUACGGCGGUCUCGACACCCAGCGCCUCGCACAGUUCUACGGCGCCUACGACCAGGGCUCCAACGCUUUCGGCCAGCGCUCCGACGACAAGGCGCAAUCGCAGGCCUCGCAGCAGGGCCAGCAGCAGUCCGCUUCGCAGCAGGGCGCCGCCGACCACCAGAACCAGCAGCCCCACCAGCUCCAGGCCCACCAAGCCGGCCCCGGUCUCCACCAGCAGCAGGCUCCUCAGCAGCAGUUCCCCGGCAUUAUGCCUUACUACUACCCUCACUACUACAUGCCCAACCAAUUCCAGCACUACGGCCAGCCCGCUGCCGGCUAUGGUCAGUACCCCGUCUACGGCCAGCCCGCUGCUCAGCCCCAGCACGCCUCGAAGCCCGGCACCCCCGCCAACAUCGCUUCGCCCUACAGUCAGGGACCGCAGUCGGACGCCAACGCCUACGGUGCGCAGAGCCACUACGGCCAGACGCCCAGCUCUGGCGGUCUUUCGUCGUACGACCAGGGCUUUGGUCGCGGUGUGCCCGGUCUUGGUGGAGUUUCUGACUACUCAAAGAUCUACGGUAACGCCAUCCCCGGUCUGGGCGGAUUCCUCGGCAGCGGUGCCGGUGGUGCGCCUCCUUCGCAGACCGCCGCCACGAGCAACGCUGCCUCGGGCAACAACGGCACCCCUCACCUUGGCUCACAGCAGAAGGCGGGUGCUUCGUCCGGCAACACGCUCGACAGCUACCGCCAGUUUGAUGCCAACGCCUCCAAGGGCUCGGCACAGUCGACGUCGGCGUCGAGCCAGGUGGGUCGUGGCCAGGCUCAGACGCAGAGCGGACCGCAGCAGCAGCAGCAGGGCCAGGGCCACCAGCAGCAGCAGGCGUCUCAGCAGGCUCAGCAGCAGCAACAGCAGCAGCAACAGCAGCAGCAGUACUACCAGCAGUACGGCGCUUACGGACACCAGGCCAGCAGCAACGCCUACUCCAACUACCCCUACGCUCGUCAAUACUGGGGUCAGUAG